AUGGAUAAUAAUCAGUCAGAAGGCCCCAUACCUGGAAAUGAAGGAGUAAGUGAUGUGGGAAAUCUAGAACAGAAACCAAUAAUAGAUCAAGGGGCUAGUGAUGAGAACCAGUAUGUAACUGUAAAAGUUCGAAGCCCAGAUGGAGAACAAGUUUUAUAUCGCAUCAAGAAAAGAACUCGUCUGCAGAAGUUGAUGAAUUCCUACUGUCAAAGAACUGGACAGAACGAAAAUUCCAUCCGGUUUCUAUUUGAAGGGGAAAGGCUUAGAUCAGAGAUGACAGCUGAAGAAGCUGGACUACAAGAAGGAGACUUAAUUGAUGCUAUGAUUUCACAAGUAGGAGGUUAA